AUGGCGGCGGACCCAUUGUUCGUGGCGGAGAGUGGGGGCCAAGAACAGGCAGCCGUCAGGAUCAUCAAGAUCGCGUCGGAUGCGGACGCAGUGCUGCGCAACGCCGACUGGGACGGAGACGGCCUGCCAGACAAUGUUGGCAUCUCUCUCAGGUACCUGGUGACACAGGUAUCGGGCGACCGGCGCCUGCUGCGGAAGGCGUCGCUGCUGCCGCUGGACAGCCGGCACUAUCUCAUCGCGUUCGCCGCCACUGAGCCGCUGCUGGCACGCGUCUGUCUCGGUGCCGCCUUCACGCAUUUCGCAUUCACCGGGCACGUUCUGGGAGUCAGCUUCACCUCGCCGCCAGGAGCUAGUCGUAUCCUCGUCGGUGUUGAAAGUUUCUUGAGUGUGGACGAUGCGGCAGGCGCGUGCCAGGGCAGCUCGAUGUGGCGGUCGCCCGGCGUGGCGCUGAACUCGCUGGCGGUGACGUCGCGGUCGUCGACGGGCGCGGUGCCGCUGCGCAUGCAGGCGCUGGCGCUGGCGCACGAGAUCGGCCACAGCCUGGGCGCGCCGCAUGACGGCGACGCCGCCUUCGGGACCGACGCCUGCCCGGCCGGCCGCUUCCUCAUGUCGCCGCUCAGCGUCAACGGAUCGCUCCGCGACCACUACCGCUUCUCCGACUGCUCGCGCAGGGCCGUGCGCCGCGCCGCCCGCAGGCACAAGUGGCGCUGCCUCGAGCCCGCCACGCGGCCCUUCUGUGGAAACGGGCUGGUGGAGGGCGCGGAGGAGUGCGACUGCGGGAUGGAUGUGGAGUGCCGCGAGGUGGACCGCUGCUGCGUGCCGCGCGGCCGUGCCGCCGCCUGCCGCGUCAACCGACGAGCCGGUCACGCCUGCCACCCCUCGCUUGGGCCCUGCUGCCUCUGCUCCUGCCAGUUCGCCGACCUCUCGCACCUCGGCAUCGAUUGCCUCUCGGCGACGAGGCUGGUGGAUGCGAAGUGCCCUUGCGCUUCGAAGCACGACUGCACCUGUGGCGUGCUGGGCCGGUGUGUGGGCAACAGCUGUCACGCCGUCGAAUGCGCGGUGCUGCAGCUGCGAGAGUGCGAAUGCACCCCACACAACGGCAGCUGCCGCACCUGCUGCCAGCUGUCUGCCGGCGACUGCCUCACAGCUGCAGACGCCGCUGUGCGUCUUGCGCAGCAAGGCGCCUUCACACUGCAGGUGAAUUUUCCAUAG